AGCGGGCGGGAAGCAGGAGCAGGCGUGAAGGCGCUCACCCGAGGAAAGACGCCCUUUUUCCCUUCUCCCGUCCACCCUGCGGAACAGAUAAGUCCGGCGCGGCAUGGCCGGUGGAAUCAGCGCCUUCUGCUCAGCGGCGCUCUGGCUUUGCGGCACCCUGUGCCUCUCCAGCCUUCCGCUUUUGCGCGGCGCACAGCGCCAGGAAGACACUCUCUACAUGUGGAUUGACGCUCACCAAGCUCGAGUGCUGAUCGGCUUUGAAGAGGAUAUUCUGAUUGUUUCAGAAGGGAAGAUGGCCCCAUUCACUCACGAUUUCAGAAAAGCCCAACAAAGAAUGCCAGCUAUUCCUGUCAAUAUUCAGUCUAUGAAUUUUACUUGGCAAGCAACUGGAAGGGCUGAAUACUUUUAUGAGUUCCUCUCUUUGCGCUCAUUGGAUAAAGGCAUAAUGGCUGACCCAACUGUAAACAUCCCUCUACUUGGAAUGAUACCUCACCAAGCCUCAGUUGUUCAGGUCGGAUUUCCUUGCCUUGGAAAACAAGAUGGCGUGGCAGCAUUUGAAGUUACAGUAAUUAUAAUGAAUUCAGAAGGCACUAUCAUACUGCAAACACCACAGAAUGCCAUCUUCUUUAAAACAUGUCAACAAGCUGAAUGUCCUGGAGGAUGCAGAAAUGGAGGAUUUUGUAAUGAAAGGCAUGUCUGUGAAUGUCCAGAUGGAUUUUAUGGUCCUCACUGUGAAAAAGCUCUGUGUACACCACAUUGCAUGAAUGGUGGACUCUGCGUCAUGCCCGGAUUGUGUAUCUGUCCACCUGGUUUCUAUGGCAUCAACUGUAACAAAGCAAACUGUACAAACAUCUGUUUCAAUGGAGGAAUAUGCUUUUAUCCAGGAAAAUGUAUUUGUCCUGCUGGUCUGGAGGGGGAUCAGUGUGAAAUCAGCAAAUGCCAUCAGCCAUGUCGAAAUGGAGGUAAAUGUACUGGUAAAAAUAAAUGCAAGUGCUCCAAAGGCUACCAGGGGGACCUUUGUUCAAAACCUGUCUGUGAACCUAGCUGUGGAUUAUAUGGGAUCUGUAUUGAGCCAAACACAUGCCAAUGUCAAGAUGGCUGGCAUGGAAGGAACUGCAAUAAAAGGUAUGGAGCCAACCUUCUUAAUGCCCUGAAGCCAACAGGCACCAAGCACAGACAGCACACGCCUUCACCUAAACGGGCGGAAGAGAGCCAAACAGUCCCUGAAUCCAAUUAUAUCUGGUGAACUGCAACAUCUGAAAUGUUUUACAUUACACAAUGUUCUAGCCUUCAUUAACCUCUCAUGUGUUCAAUAUUAAAAAUGUUGUUCAUUAUG